AUGACAACCAGCAUGAUUUAUUCUUUCAGAAUGACGGUGGUAAAUCUGUCCUUCGCUGCGUGUGGAUUUUUGGGCAUCUACCACCUGGGAGCUGCUGGGGCUUUUUUCCGUCAUGGGCAGAAGUUGCUGACCUGCCUCAAGUCAUGUGCGGGAUCCUCAGCUGGUGCGCUCGUUGCCGCUGUCAUUCUCACGGCCCCUGAUAAAGUCAAGCACUGUGAAGAAUUUACAUACAAUUUUGCUGAGGAUGUGCGACAACAGAGGUUUGGAGCAAUCACACCCGGAUAUAAUGUCUUAACCAAGCUAAGGGAAGGGAUUGAAGAGAUGCUGCCAGUUGAUGCUCAUAGUCAGGCUUCUGGUCGCCUCUAUGUCUCAAUGACACACUUCAGAAGUGGAAAGAAUCACAUUGUUUCCCAGUUUAACUCUAGGGAGGAGCUGAUACAGGCACUCUUGGCCAGUAGCUUUGUGCCAGUCUAUGCGGGGCUCCAACCCGUGGAGUUCCGUGGACAGAAAUGGAUUGAUGGGGGCUUCACUGACAGCCUACCAAUCAUGCCUUCGGGCCGAACCAUCACAGUUUCACCAUUCUCUGGGCCGCAGGAUGUGAGUCCAUUGCACAAGGGCUAUGCGUUCAAGACUCAACUCAAGCUGGCCAAUAUGAACAUAAUGUUCUCCAUGGAAAACAUCAAACGACUGAACCAGGCUUUAUUCCCACCAUCUACCAAUGGAAUGAAGUCCCUCUGUCAGGAGGGUUUUGAUGAUGCCAUGAGGUUCCUGAAGACAGAGAGUUGGAUGAGCUAG